UAUGUAUGUUUGUUGUCGGUUGGAAACGGGAAUUUGUAAAUGUUUGCUUUUUUUUUUUUUUUUUUUUUGGAGUUGUUUGCGCAUUAAUCAACCUUUAAUCUUGAAUGCGGUAAUGUUAUGGAGGUCAUUUAUUUGUCUUAUUGUUGACACCAUAAAAGUGUCGUUGUUUUGUCACAGUUAGAGACAGAAUCAGCCUGUAAGACCAGUGAUGUAGGUCACUUCACUAGCAUUAACGCUAGCUGAGUAGUUUUGUUGAAACUUUCUGAGAAUGCUAAGACUGUUAAAUGGUCGAAGGUGUAUUGGAAUAUGCUUCAGAGCUUUUAGACGGACAAACAGUGAUAAAUGGAUGUCAAACAGAUGCCAGUCGAAUGAGUACAUUAGCAGAUUUAUUUGGGAAAACACAGAGUUAACUGGAGGUCAGAGCCUGACACCAGAAAUAAAACUGAGGUUGUUCACACCAAACUGUAGAUUCUGGGACGAAAGGCCGGAGCUGUGGCCUUUUGAUGACCCUUACUGGGCUAUAUACUGGCCAGGAGGUCAGGCACUGUCAAGGUACCUCCUGGAUAACCCCUCAGUGUGUCGGGGUAAAUCUGUGCUGGAUCUGGGAAGUGGCUGCGGAGCUUCAUCUAUCGCAGCUAAAAAGUGUGGUGCUGCUCAUGUAACUGCAAAUGACAUUGACAGAGUUGCAGCCAUUGCAACAGUCAUCAACUGUGAGCUCAACGCUGUGGAGCCUCCCUUUUGUGUGACUGACAACAUGAUAAGUUCGGAGCCCCAGUGCUUUGACGUGAUCCUCCUGGGUGAUAUGUUCUACGAUGAGGCCCUCGCCACAAGCCUUCACAGCUGGUUGGACCUUUGCAUCAAACGCCAUGGCACCACAGUGCUGAUUGGAGAUCCUGGACGAGCCCAGUUUGAGGAGCAUAGCAUCCGACAGCUGCUGCAUCAGCUGGAUCAGUUUGAACUCCCUAAAUCUGUGCAAGAUGAGAACUAUGGCCUGACCUGCAGCACUGUAUGGCACUACCAGCCUGAUCUCUAAAGACUGGAAAUGAUGAAUAAAACAGUUAAUUUAUUAUGAUAGCGCUGCACAUUUUCCACUCAGUUUUUCUUUCAGUUUCAUUUGUCACCUUUGCCAUGGUGAAAAUCACCAGGACGAUGUAAACAGAAAAAUGCUUGGUGCUAUGUUUUGACACUGAUGAUAUUUAUCAUGUAACACGUGUUUUUGAUGGUGUUUGGCAAUAAUAAAUUCAUUUCAAGAUA